CUGCUCCAGGCCAGAAGCUACAUCAAAUUCAUGACUCCGCACAAGAUCACCCAAGAUCUGGUCGUCCCCGAUAACACCCCAAGUGAGACGACGAAUCUCAACGUAUUCUGCCCGGUUAAAGGCUUGUUGGUGGCCGGAGCGUGGUGGAACGUGGCGGCCACUCACUACUACACAAUUCCGGAUUCUAAACUAUGCCACUUUGUCGUGCCGCAGUACAAUAUCCAUGGUUCGUAUCUCCUUGGGACUGAAAAAGUGACCCCAUCCCCCACGACACCGGCAAGCUGCUCCAACGAAAGCUUCGCGUUCCACCACUACUUUUACCAUGGUAGUAUUGGCUUCUACGCGUUCUACGAGGAAGCGUCAGGCACGUACUGCUCGAUCGACCAGACGGCUUACGUGAAGGUGCAUGGCCUCGGGACGUACGACAGCAAUGGUGCCCAUUUGGCAAAGGAUACCGGGCACACGACGUACAGGCGGUCGUAUUGGUACGGCUUGUUCGGAGCGGUCUGGAUUGUAUAUCGCACAAUGUUGAUGAGGCGCAGCUUCAUUUCCUGCAAGCGAUUUGGACGGAGGAGCGACAUCAUGCAGCAGCAAAUGCGGUUCAAAGACGCCGUGGUAUACGUCCAGGAGAGCCUCCGACUUUCAGCCCACGGAGCGAGGAACUAUCACCGAGCUGCGAUCCUUUAUCUCUUGGUCGAGGGUCUUAUGAGCGACUUGUUCAUGCUUAUCGCACAGGACGGAUUCAUCGCCAAGAUUCAGUACAUUUCACUGGGAUACAACUUGUCCGGGGUGCUCUCGAUGCUGUUCGAGAUGGUGGAGAGCAUGAAGUGGCUGAGUGAGAAAUGGCGCUGCUUGGUCAAACGACUUGUCUUCAACUACGAGACAGCCUUGGUAGGCGAGUUUUGCUGCGCUGCAGCAAUGCAGUCUUACCUCACGCUACUAAACAGAUCGAGUCUCAAGCACACUCAGCCAGAAGAAGCCGCUUCGUACUACGUGUGGAGCUUGGCUGGCCACGGUGUCAUUGUUCUCGGAAUUGUAGCCACAAUUGUAUCGAUUCGAGCGACAGGGGCCCUUAUUGCGGUUAGAUUCACCUUUGGUUCAUUGAAGCCCUUCACAACCGCAUGCAGCGUUGACUCUGCGCUGGGAGUCCGAUCGAAGAUGAUACUACUGAGUGGAUAUGUAUGGGUGGAUGGCGAGCUCCGCUACAAAGUGGAGACUCUAAAGUCCUUUGGGAUAGUGAGUAUUGAGGAGGAAGACGGAGCGAGUUGUCUCGUUAUUCACAAAUUGCGCUGGCUGGCAAUUCCUCGACAGGACAUGAUCGUCAUCGGCGAAGUUCACGAAAGCCGAGUGCAACCCUGCAUCGAGCGGCCCUGUACCGGCGUCGUGAGUGUGUUCGACAGAACACUAGGAGGCCCGACCAAUACAGCACACGAAUCUCCUCUGAUAGAGAAACAGACCUUCGUUCGACAGAUGCCUUAUCGAACCUAG